AUGCUUCGAUUGGGAGGAACCAUGAAACUUCUUCUGAUUCUGGCCAGUUCAGCGGCUGUUUUGGUGGCUGGUCAACUAGAAGAAACACAGAAACCUGACGACUUUUUGUGGAAUCGAUGGGAGCCAAGAACAAUCGACUGUGUGAGCAGCGGAAAGAAGGAUGAUUGUGUUCUUCUCGCUCCAAACUCCAGAAUUCCAUUCGACAUCACCAAGUUCAAAUGCCGUCGUGAGCCAAUGCCACAAACCAACUGGAACACUUUGGCAGUCAACUCCACUACUCGAUUGGCAUGCCCAUUGAACUGCCCUGUCAAUUUUGAUCUCUCUGUUCUCCAAAAACGUCCAUAUGUGAACAAGAACUGUCAAAAGUAUUACACUUAUGGGAAGUAUUGGGAUGUUGCUGCCAAUGACUGGUACAUCUGGCAAACUGAGCCAUGUGUUGCUGCAAUUUCCACUCACUGCCGUUUCAAUGAUGUUCCAAUCACUUACAAUCCAACAAAAGCAACUGGAAAGAACGUGGAAGAAGUGAAAUUGGGAGGAGAAAUUCUUCAAACGAAGCAGAGCGAACAGAGAAAGAAGGUGGUCGUUGCGUAA